GUUUGUUCGGUAAUAAAGAAAAGGCUAAACAAAGACAGAAGAGGAAGCCAAGCCAUCACCGUCCUUGUCGUUAAAACCUCCAUUAGUCGCCACCGCACGUUGAAAAGACGUCGAACCGUAGAGCGAAUCAACACCACCUUAUCCCUGAAUCCUCUCUCUUUGGCUAUUCUCCCCAUCUCGGACUCGCAAAUGAGAAUGUAGAAAUCUCUUUGCAUCUGCUUAGGAUUUGACAUUUAGAAGCGCAAGUCAAUUCAGGCUGAUCAAAAUCAUUGUCUGGGUGGAAAGAUCUCGAGAAUGUUAUGUGUUCUGCAGAUAACAUAGCUGACAAUGUUAUGUGUUAUUGUGUUCCAUGAACAGUAAUUAACCCUCCCAUGGAAUUAGAAGGGAACUUCUUCAUGUCUGAUGCUCAACAAGCACAUGACGAUGCCUUCUUAGCUAAACAAAAACCUAAUCUCGUCACGGGUCCCAUUGGAGGUCAAAACGCUAACGAAAGUGGCUGUUUUGAUUGCAACAUCUGCCUAGACACAGCCCAUGAUCCGGUUGUCACUCUAUGCGGACACCUUUUCUGCUGGCCUUGCAUAUACAGAUGGUUACACGUUCAGUUAUCAUCCGUCUCAAUCGAUCAGCACCACAACAACUGCCCUGUUUGCAAAUCCAACAUCGCCGUCACCUCACUGGUUCCUCUCUACGGAAGAGGCAUGUCUUCCGGGUUUGGCUCGAAGAAACUAGACGCAGUAAUACCACGGAGACCUGCUCCACCAAUCACUUCAGGAUCAUCUCUGAACCCAAGGUUGCAACAUCAUCGAACAAUGUCUCCAACGUUUCACAGCCGCAACCAAUACUCCCCUCGUGGCUUCACAACAACGGAAUCAACAGACCUUGCGAAUGCAGUCAUGAUGAGUUUCCUCUACCCGGUGAUUGGGAUGUUUGGGGACUUGGUCUACACCAGGAUAUUCGGAACCUUCACAAACGCAAUAGCUCAGCCUUACCAAAGCCAGAGGAUGAUGCAGCGUGAGAAGUCUCUUAACCGGGUAUCCAUAUUCUGCUUCUUCUGCAUCUUCCUUUGCCUCCUUCUCUUCUAGCUCUCUCUCUCUCCCUCUCCCUCCCACUUGUAUAGUUUUUGAAAUGUAUAUAGACUGUAAACGUUAUGGUAUAACAAGUACAGACACUAUUGUUCCAAGUUAGGUCUCAAAUUGCAAGGCCAUUUGCUCGCUGUGUGUUGCAUAUCUAUAGACAUAUACGUGCUUGUAUCUUAA